GCCUUUGUAGAGGGCCAGUAGGAACCAGCCCGUGGUAAUUGGUUGAGCUGCUUCUGCAGCCUCUGAAAAUGGAUGCGGUGAAGCGCGGUGAUUCGGGGAGACAUGCCUUUCUAAACGAUGGAUUGCCAUUACUGUGAUGAUCAACCGAGACCUUGGGCCUUUAUUAUCUCAGGAAGGCAAGAACAUCUUGCAUGGCAAGGCUAUGUCGGUACCAGCCAGUAACGCUUCGAACACCGGAAUAUCUAGUAUCAAGAGGGGAUUUGAUGCCAUGACGUUAGAUGAUGACCCAUCAACCAAAGCUCUGACGCCGCCCUCAAGAAAGCAGAAAAUUCAACCAGCAUUGGACGAAAACUCCUUCAUUAGAGGAGGGCUUGGGGACACGUCCAGCUGGGCCCACCGUUCCUUGGCAACUUUCAAGCAUGAGCUGCCCUAUCUAAGGGAAGACUGCGGUCGAAUGCAUUUCGGUGUGGAUUUUGAUAUGCUCGUGGGACAGCGUGUCAAACAAAACCUGGAUGUAUUCUUCGUUUUGUGCGAGCAUGCACAAAGAUACAUAGAAGCUAGGAAUGAAGCCGCCCUAUACCCUCCUUUCCAAGAUUUCGCAAAUGAAUUAUUUCGCUCCGCGGAACUACCGUUUCGUUUCAUACACCCUUUGCGGCUUCGACCAGAUGGCGGUCCUCACGGGAGCAGUCCGAAACGAAGACCUAGUGUCGUGAUGAUCCACAAGGACCCCAUCACUCCUGAAGACUGUCUAGCUACCAUUGAUGUCUCUUGGUCAAAGGCUGUUCUAUGCGUGGAAUUUAAUUAUAACACGGGAAAGAUGCGCCAUGGGGUUGCACAGAAAAAAUUCCGAUCACAAAAAUCAAAGCCUGGGCGACGUUCACGAUUUGAAACCUAUAGAAAUUCGAUGCGCUCAGAAAUGGCGAAGUUCUCCACCAGAGAUGCCCCCCAACAGCAAGAAGAACUUGCAGCCCAUGCACUAGAGAUGUUUUCUGCGUCAUGCGUCCGUCGUCACGUCCUGGGCCUCUAUGUGGAUUCGCCAUCAGUCGAGUUCUGGUAUUAUGACCGCUCUGCAGGCUAUGGGUCCGCACCGCUCUCAUUUGCGAAUGCCUGGGAACCUCUGGCUAUUCUACUUCUUGCCAUCGGCAUCGCCUCUGCGGAGCAGUUAGGAUUUGAGCCGAUCAUAAAGCCGCCCGGGCCGCCUGAUUCCAAGCCUGGCUCACAGUCCUCGAUGCCGAUAACGGCAAAAGGCGCGCGCAUACAGGUUGACGGAAAUGAGUAUGUGAUAGAAGGGACACUGGGAAAGUUGCGGUCCCUAAUCGGAAGAGGGACGACAGUUUUUACGGUGAAGGAGAUGCUAGCGAACGCGGGGCAGGCAUCAGUAUCCGACUCGGCUUCCGAGCGUCUUGUCCUGAAGCUUUCCUGGCAGCUGAAAGAUCGACGAUCCGAGGUUGAUAUUUUGAGGCGUCUACAUGAAAGGGAGGUACCGGGUGUGCCAUUUGUUGUGUGUUCUGAUGAUCUAGCAAGAAUGCGGGAUGGGAUACACGGAAAAGUUCAAGAAAUUAUGGGGUUGGAUGCCGACACCGACGAUCGAAUUUAUCGCGCAAUUAUCAUGAAGCCUCUCCUCACUCACUUGACAGCGAUUGGAGAUUGGACGACAUUCUUUACGUUGUUUAAGGGUCUGAUUAAAGCUCGGAUUCUACAUCGAGAUAUCAAUCCGACGAACCUCAUGGUUAGAAAAGAACCAAGUGGCGAACUCGUCCCUUUCCUCAUCGAUUAUGACUUUGCGAUAGUGGUGCCACUGAUCAAGGAUGAGGAUAACCGCAUCCGAACCCAUCGAACAAUGGCGACACCAUUUCUUGCCAUAGAACUACUGUCGGAUGCACCACCACCUGCAAUUUACCGCUAUGACCUGGAGUCAUUUUUCUGGUCCUUAUGGUGGAUUGCGCAUUCGUACCUCAAUGGGCAACAAAUAAAGACGGAGGGGCUCUGCAGCUGGUAUAGUGGGACAUGGAGGAAUAUACAUACUGCCAAAGGCGGAUACAUGAGUGCUGAGGCCGUGCAAUCCACAAAACUAACAAAAAAUAUGGAGCAUGCCAGGCCGGUCCUCAGGCGUCUGGCAGAGCUCUUUCAGCAGGCAUUCCAUAACGUACAAAAAGCUGGACGUAUGGGUCGUGACGUGGGAAACACAUGGAGCAUGUUUCGGUGUCGACACAAUCGAUGGUUAGUUAUGCAUACUUAGAGUGUAGUACGUCCAGGAAUUGGCUAUAGCAUCGAGUUUCAUAGUCAGAAUCGGUAUUGUCUACAUUGGCCCUAACGAGUAGCUAAUAUAAUGUUCGUUAGGCUGAGCGACGGGAAGUGAUAUACUGGAUCAAAAAUCAGAAGAGCGGCUAAAAAAGUGGAAUUUUCGUGCU